GAAGUAGGCAGGCAGUAUCAAUGACAUCAACCCGACCGGCUAUGCUCUCCCGACAAAAGGGGCUGAGGAGCAGCCCGUGACCCUCCUCUCUCUCUCUCUCUCUCUCUCCCCCCACAGUCCGCACGCUGAAGGGGAGACGCCGGCGAUGCGUGCAUGCGUCCCCCCGCAAAGGGCAGACCUUUCUCCGCUGCCACUGGAUUACAUUCAUCCCUGCUGUUUCCCGAGAGGAAGCUUCCAGCUGCACAUCCACCCACAUGAAGCUAGCAGGAGGAAGUGAGGAAGACGGAGCGCUGCCUACCAAGAGUGCCCACCAGUGUUGAGUGAAACACAACCUGUAUCUUGGUCAUCUCCAACCAACCCACGGCGGUGCCAUGCCUUUGUCCAGGAGUGGUGGAGUUUUAGUCCAGUCCAGGAGGGCCAACCGGGGGCUCCGCCUUCAAGCCUCUCCCCUGGGUCUACUGCUGCCCUCGAUUAUCCUGUUAGCUGGACCUCUGAGCACCGUGUGUGGAGCACCAGCUCCUCCAAACUUCACCAAGAUUCCAACGGACCAGAUUGGAGUGUCAGGGGGUGUGGCAUCAUUUGUGUGCCAGGCCACAGGCAAUCCCAAGCCUGUCGUCUACUGGAACAAGAAGGGCAAGAAGGUCAACUCCCAGCGCAUCGAGACUGUAGAGUUUGAUGACGGUGCAGGUGCUGUGCUGAGAAUCCAACCGCUCAGAGCGCCUCGAGAUGAGAACAUCUAUGAGUGCGUGGCACGCAACAGUGAAGGAGAGGUGUCUGUCACUGCAAAGCUGGCCAUUAUCAGAGAGGACCUGUUGCCCUUUGGCUUCCCCAGUAUAGACAUGGGUCCCCAGCUGAAGGUGGUGGAGAGGACGAGGACGGCCACCAUGCUGUGUGCAGCCAGCGGCAUCCCCGACCCGGAGAUCUCCUGGUUCAAAGACUUCCUCCCUGUCGACCCCGUCAGUAACCAGGGUCGCAUCAAACAGCUCCGAUCAGGGGCGCUACAGAUCGAGAACAGCGAGGAAACGGACCAAGGGAAGUACGAGUGCGUGGCCACCAACUCUCAAGGCGUGCGCUACUCCUCCCCCGCCAACCUGUAUGUGCGAGUGCGCCGCGUGCCCCCUCGUUUCUCCAUCCUCCCUUCCAACCACGAGAUCAUGCCGGGAGGGAGCGUCAACAUCACCUGCGUGGCCGUGGGGUCGCCCAUGCCCUACGUCAAGUGGAUGCUGGGCAGCGAGGACCUGACCCCAGAGGACGAAAUGCCGAUCGGACGGAACGUGCUGGAGCUCAACGGAGUCCGAGAGUCCGCGAACUACACCUGUGUGGCCAUGAGCAGCCUGGGCAUCAUCGAGUCCACCGCUCAGGUCUUAGUAAAGACUUUGCCAAAGCCUCCCGGCACGCCCAUUGUCACAGAGACCACAGCCACCAGUGUGACCAUCACUUGGGACUCCGGUAACCCCGACCCCGUCUCCUACUACAUCAUCCAGUACCGAGCCAAAGGGCCCGACAGCAAGUACGAGACUGUGGACAGCAUCACCACCACCCGCUACAGCAUCGGGGGACUUUACCCCAACACAGAGUACGAAAUCAGAGUGUCGGCCUUCAAUAGCAUCGGCCAGGGCCCCCCCUCCACCCGCGUGGAGGCCCGCACGGGGGAGCAGGCCCCGGCCAGCCCUCCCCGAAACGUCCAGGCUCACAUCAUAUCUCCGAACACGGUGAUGGUCCGCUGGGAGGAGCCGGAGGAACCCAAUGGACAGGUGAAAGGCUACCGUGUGUACUACACCAUGGACACGUCCCGCCCCAUGAACGACUGGCAGAUCCACAACGUCCAGGACAGCGUGAUCACAACCAUUCAGAGCCUGGUGACCUCAAAGACUUACACCAUCCAGGUCCUAGCCUUCACCUCGGUAGGGGACGGGCCCUUCUCGGACCCCGUCCAUGUUAAAGUCAUGCCUGGAGUCCCGGGCCAGCCAGGAAAGUUUAAAGUCGGUAAGGUGGCCGACACCAGCAUCGAGCUGACCUGGGAACCUGCGUACACGAAGGAGGGCAUCGUCAACUAUGAGCUGCUCUACAAACCUGUCAAGUUUGGCAGCUUGGAGAAGCUGACCUUCGGGCCGAGGACCUCUUACACAGUGGAGGGUCUCAAAGCCAACACGGAGUACUCCUUCUCCCUGGCCGCCAUCUCCAACAAAGGCAUCGGGGCUUUCACCAAUGAACUGGUGCAGAGGACGUCUCAAGCCAAGCCCUCAGCUGCCCCCGAGGGUGUGUCGUGUGAGAGUGCCAGCUCCACUUCGCUGAGAGUAAAUUGGAAGCCGCCUCCAGCGGAGGCUCAGAAUGGCGAAUUGGCAGGUUAUGAGCUGAGAUACCAGAAAGUCUCUGGGGCUGAAGGUGGAGGGCAGGGCCAGGAUGAGAAGGCGCUACCUAUCCCAGGACAGCAGGGCCAGACGGUGUUAGAGGGGCUGGAGAAAUGGAGCUGGUACAACAUCACCCUGGCAGCCUUCACUGCAGAGGGGACUGGACCCAACAGCCCUGUUGUCAUUUGCAGAACUGAUGAAGACGUUCCGGGCGCAGCCCCUCGUCAGGUGGAUGUCCAGCCGCUCAACUACUCGGCCCUCCGAGUCACCUGGCGGUCGGUUUUGCCGCGGUCACGGCGAGGACAGAUCCGCGGGUACCAAGUGCAUUUCAGCCGCGCAGAAAGCGGUGAAUCCCGAAAUCUUCCCCGAAUCAAAGACCUCUUGUUGGAUGAGUCUCAGAUGGAGGAUGGUGACUCAACUCAAUAUGAGCUGAUUUUAGGAGGCCUGAAAGCAGAGACUUUGUACUCCAUCUCAGUGGCGGCGUACACCACCAAAGGGGAUGGAGCACAUAGCAAAGCCAAACUGGUGCAAACCCUGGGGAUUGUGCCCGGCCCCCCCUCACUUUGGGUGCGUCCAGGACCUGGUCCAUCAGUGGUGGUCCGGUGGGCUCCUCCGGUGGAGUGCUCCGAGGCAGGCUCUGGUAGUCGAGGGGCUCCAGUGGUAAUCCAGAGCUACCGCCUACAGUUUGGCCUGAAGAACACCUCUUUAGACAACACAGUGGAGUUCACAAAUAAAGAGAAAAACUUCACUGUCAGAAACCUCUCCCCGGGUUCCUCUUACGUCUUUGUCCUCUCCGCAAAGAGCCGAACGGGCUACGGAGAUAUAGUUCAACAGGAGAUAACAGUUCCCAUCUUGCCACCCUUGGGAUACCCCAAAAUUACUGACUAUUUUAAUGCCACCUGUUGCUCCCUCGAGUUCUCCUGGCUUCCCCCUGCCCCAAAGGAGUGCUGCGGUGUCAUCACAGAGUACACUAUAUCUUACAAAGAGGCUCCGGGCCCCAAACCCUCUAGUGACCCUGGUUCUCCAGCCAUACCGACCCCCACUGCUCCCCCUUGGCUGAUCUUGUUACCAGCGAGUGAGUCCAGCUACACCAUCCUGGGCCUCAAUCACAGCACAGACUACGAGGUGCAGCUACGAGCCCACAACAAGGCAGGGCCAGGCCCAUUCAGCCCACCUCUGACGGGCCGAACCCUGGCCUUUGAUACAGAUGUGCCAAGGAAUUUUUCAGUCAAUCUGGCCACUAUGACCAGUGUUCUUCUGACCUGGGAGUUUCCAGAGAGCACCAACCCCUAUCGCUUUACUGUGCAAUAUAACCUACAGAAGAUGGAGGUGGACGCUCGGCUGAGAAAGGCAGUCAUCCCAAACCUUCAACCUGACACCAGCUACGACUUUAAGAUCACUGCUCCGGAGGGAAACAUGGGGGGCCUUCGCCAUCGCAUCUCCGCCAAGACCUCGCCGCCAAUCACCAUCCGUCGGCCUGAGAUCGACCACACCCGCGACACCGAGACCACAGUCACCAUAGUGCUGCCGUCGCUGGAGACUCGCACCACUGUCAAGAAUGUGUAUGUUGUUGUGGUUCCGCUGCGGAGAGCCCGCGGCGUUAUCAGACACCUCAAGAGCCCAGAUGAAAUGGACCUUGAGGAGUUGUUAAAAGACAUCAGCCAAAAGCAGAGGGAUUCUCGGCAGCAGAAGCAGGUGGACCUGCGGCGGGCUUACAUCACGGCCCGUUUCACACCUGCCACCCUACCGGCUUUCUUCACCCUGGGGGACCAGCUUGACUACGGAGGAUUUGAGAACCGAGCUCUGGAGGCUGGUCAGGAGUAUGUCUUCUUCAUCCUGGCCGAGCUCAACUCCACAACCGGGAAAAUGUACGUGGCCAGCCCCUACACAGACACUGUGAUUGCCCCGGACUCAGAUCCACAGCCCCUGGACGCAGGCGAUGGUCUCAUAUGGGUGGUAGGACCCGUCCUGGCUGUGGUUUUCAUCAUCUGCAUCGUCAUUGCCAUCCUCCUUUACAAAAACAGCAAGCGCAAAGACUCUGAACCCGGAACCAAGAGCCUUUUGAGCAACGCAGAGAUGAUGGCCCAUCACCCCACAGACCCUGUGGAGAUGAGACGCAUUAACUUUCAGACUCCUGGGAUGAUGAGCCAUCCUCCCAUCCCCAUCAGUGAGCUGGCUGAGCACAUUGAGCUGCUGAAAGCCAACGACAACCUGCGACUCUCUCAGGAGUACGAGUCAAUCGACCCUAGUCAGCAGUUCACAUGGGAACAUUCAAACCUGGAGGUCAACAAGCCCAAAAACCGCUACGCCAACGUCAUAGCCUACGACCACACGCGAGUCGUCCUGGCUCCAAUAGAAGGCGUCCUGGGCAGCGACUACAUCAACGCCAACUACGUUGAUGGCUACAGGAAGCAGAAUGCCUACAUCGCCACACAGGGGGCCCUGGCGGAGACAUUCGGGGACUUUUGGAGAAUGGUCUGGGAGCAGCGGGCCGCCUCUGUGGUCAUGAUGACGCGCCUCGAGGAGAAGUCACGGAUAAAGUGUGACCAGUACUGGCCAAGUCGCGGCACAGAGACGUACGGGAUGAUUCAGGUCACCCUUCUGGACACAAUGGAGCUGGCCACAUUCUGUGUCCGCACCCUUUCCCUGCAUAAGAGCGGCAGCAGUGAACGGCGAGAGGUGCGUCAGUUCCAGUUCACAUCCUGGCCGGACCACGGCGUGCCAGAGUAUCCAACCCCCUUCCUCAACUUCCUCCGCAGGGUGAAAGCCUGCAACCCUCCGGAUGCAGGACCCAUCAUCGCUCACUGCAGUGCUGGCGUUGGUCGCACUGGCUGUUUUAUUGUCAUCGACGCCAUGCUGGAGCGCAUCCGACACGAGCGCACUGUGGAUAUCUACGGUCACGUGACUCUGAUGCGCUCACAAAGGAACUACAUGGUGCAGACGGAGGACCAAUACAGCUUCAUCCACGAGGCCCUGCAGGAGGCCGUGGCCUGCGGGAACACCGAGGUGGCCGCCAGGAGUCUGUACUCCUACAUGCAGAAGCUCUCCAAGGUGGAGACUGGGGAGCACAUCACUGGCAUGGAGCUGGAGUUCAAGCGGCUGGCUAACACCAAGGCCCACACGUCCCGGUUCGUCACAGCCAACCUGCCUUGCAACAAAUUUAAGAAUCGACUGGUCAACAUUAUGCCCUAUGAAACCACCCGGGUCUGCCUCCAGCCAAUAAGAGGCCUGGAAGGCUCUGACUACAUCAACGCCAGUUACAUAGACGGAUACAGACAGCAGAGAGGCUACAUCGCCACCCAGGGCCCACUGGCUGAGACAACAGAGGACUUCUGGAGGAUGCUGUGGGAACACAACUCCACCAUAGUGGUUAUGCUCACUAAACUGAGAGAAAUAGGACGGGAGAAGUGUCACCAGUACUGGCCCGCCGAGCGCUCCGCCAGGUACCAGUACUUUGUGGUGGACCCCAUGGCUGAGUACAACAUGCCCCAGUACAUCCUCCGUGAGUUCAAAGUCACGGAUGCCAGGGAUGGGCAAUCACGGACAGUGCGUCAGUUCCAGUUCACCGAUUGGCCAGAGCAAGGUGUGCCGAAAUCUGGAGAGGGCUUCAUUGAUUUCAUUGGCCAGGUACACAAAACCAAGGAGCAGUUUGGCCAGGACGGACCAAUCAGCGUUCACUGCAGUGCUGGCGUGGGGCGGACAGGUGUCUUCAUCACCGUGAGUAUUGUCCUGGAGAGGAUGCGUUACGAAGGGGCGGUGGACAUCUUCCAGACUGUCAAAAUGCUGCGCACACAGAGACCCGCCAUGGUGCAGACUGAGGAUGAAUACCAGUUCUGUUACCAGGCUGCACUGGAGUACCUGGGUAGCUUUGACCACUAUGCAACGUAAGCACAGAGACAACCAUCUAUCCGGCUUUCUGCUUCGAGGUCCACAAACCAACCGGCAAGCGAAAGGAGCGAAAGACGGCUUGAGAUGACGCGAACAUUUGAUCUUUUUUUCCGGAAGCAAGACAAAUUCAACAAUAACAACAACAACAAGGACAAAAAGCAACAACAAAAACAGCAACAAUAAAUCUCUGUCUAACAGCAGCUCCACGCGAGCUGGUGGGUGUGGAGACCAUCCAUGUGUAAUCCAUAUACUUACCUCAGUGUUCCAGUGUGAAGGACGUAUAAUACAUUCGUGUGGUGGUCAGCUUCCUCCAAUAUGAACAAUUGAAAUACAAACAGCUUCUGAACAGGAAUUAUGAUACUAAAUGUGUAUAAAAAGGAAAAAAAAGGAGAAAAAAAAAAACACACACACAAAGAGCCUGGAAAUUUGCUGCACCCUAAAUGGGCUUUUUAUCCUCAACUUUGUAUCUACUGGUUUGGUGUACUAAGGGGUUACAAAGUGCUACGGCGAACAUUUCUAUGUGUCCGUGAGUCUGCUUCAAAGGUGUCUCCUGCGACCGCAGAUAGCUCUGAUCAUGUAGUUUAAAGCAGAGGACUAGGUAAUGCCUCAGUAAGGACUCAACGCCCUCGAGGACUGUUGGAGAGGCACGCGGAUGCUCACUUACCCAACGCACAGUGCCAAGAGAAACCACACAGCGUGAACACAAAGCGUGGCCUACAAGGAGAGAGGCGGCUGCCUCUUUCAUCCAGCAUGACAUCAAGUCAGACUAGGCCCCUCUGACGCGCCGGCCAAGGAUCAGUUCACGCUCCACGAUCCAGUGGUGGCUGUGUGACGCCCGUCCUCAGAGCAGUCUCAUCUCCUCAGCUGGGCCCAGAUUUGUAGUCCAGUGCAUUCUUCACCCAACAAAAGCUCGCUUGGUAUACACACGCCGUCCUUGUCCGUCGUCCAGCUGGUCUCCUCUUGACGUCAGCCCCCCCCCCCCCCCCCCCCCCGUUUGUGUCCGGCUGGUUGAAAGAAGUGUCUAGGAACGAAUUGAGCUUCAAUCCAGUUUUUAAAAAAGUCCCCAACCCACUUUCUGCCGACAUGAUUUGUGUGUGUUUUUACUGUGCGUCUCUGCCUUAUGCUGACUUCUGUCUCGUGUUUAGACAUGCUGCUUAUGUUCAUGCGUUGUGUGCUAGACAUUUUUUUUCGUUCUACAGUACCGAGGAGGAAAGGUUUUUCCCGUCCUCUGAAGCUUAGCUACUUGAAUUGCAACACUUUGCAGUGGAAUCGAUCUGGUGUUGAGACUAUUCAAGAGUACGAGCAGUAAAAUACACUGAGAGAAAUCCCACAAAAACAUUUGGUGAAUUGAACUGAGUUCACCCGACCAUCCCACCUCCACGUUUAAAGUCUCUCUGUUGCUAAAUCACUCUGUACAGAACAUCCAUCUUAACCCAAUUAGGUUUUCCUCUUUGAUUCCCCCAGUAAAACGGCACAAUUCCAUGAUAUAUAUAUAUAUAUAUAUAUAUAUAUAUCUUUAAUCGUUUUAGCAUAAAAUGAUAAUUGGUCCAAUGUGGUCAUUUAAGAGCACAACAAUGUUCAGACAUCACGAGCUAUUUCACACAUUCUGUACAUACAGUUUAUCAUUGGAGUCCUAUACAGUACAGUUACAUACGUCUGAGCACAAGAUAUAACGUGGGAUUGGAUGUGAUGUAGUUGUUAUUGUCGCAAAAGAAAGCCUUAUUGUUAUUGUUCACUCUGUCACAUUUAUUUCAUAUGAUUUUUUAAAGAUAUUUACUAUUCUAUUUUGUUACUUUUUACGUUUGUUUUUAUUCUGUUUAUCUGGAAUAUCUAGCAACUAUAACCAAUAAGAUGUUGUUUACUUGUUUCUUUAGCGAGCCAAUGUUAAGGUAUAAAAUUGUCACUGUUUGUUUUUUAUUUUCAAUGGUCAGUUUUGGUGCUUUUUUAUUUGCUUUGUUAUUAUAAAGUAUGCCCUCUGUGUAGGGUGCUAUUUGAUACUGAUUACUGAUGUCCGACUAGUUAUCUAGAGAUGUACAUUAGAGGAAGACCUAGCUUAAGUUUACAGUUAUGCCCUAUUGAUGCCCUUCCACCACUCAACCUCCAUAGCAACAGGGGUAUGCUCAGACCCACUGUGAAAGGUCAAAGGGCAUCCGAGAAGUUAGAUAUAUAGAGCAGACUUGUUGGUGAGAAUCUCAGACGAGCUGUUGGUAUUUAGUUUGGUGAGAAGCAAAUGGUAGCAAGUGUAUUUUUGAAAGAAAAGGGGUUAACAAAGACCCAGCUACACACACACCCUCAAAACGUAUUGUUUGUAUCUGAAAUACUCUGAUAUGAAAUGUAUGUGUGGUCCAGAAGUCUUGACAGUGUGCGACAUAUAUGAAAUAUGUUAUUCCUUCAAUUUCUUAUGAUUAUUGUGUCAAGAGAAAUAUAAAAGCCACACACAUGAAGCAUACAAUGAAAUGUGUUGAGGGCCAGCUCUGAAGACGCCAUCUCCCUCACUUAUGUACCUGUUCUUUCCUUUCAAAACCAUGGAUGUAGAUAUUGUAUCUUGACUUUGUAUUAAAAGCAGGAUGAUUGGAUAUACAGCACCACGA